AUGAAUUCGCGACAGCGCGGGUUCGACACGUUUUACGACGAUCAGGUCGCAGCCCGUCGACAGUUUUACGCGCGCGAGACUGCCGUGAAUCGCAUCAACGACUACGCCGUUCUCGUUACCGUCGCAACGCUCGUGGUAACUUUGCUGGCCAAGUUCUGCAGCCCUGACGGAUCGAUUGAGGGCAUCUUCUCACUGGUUGGCGGUUUUCUAUGGGACGCGUUGGUGUUUCUAAUCCCCUCGCCGCUGCUCUUCGCAAUCGACAACUGGAUGGACUCUUCCGCGACACGACCGAUGCGCGAUAAUACAAACCAAAGCACCUAUGCUGCUAAAAGCAAAGCUAUGCGGAGGGUGAUGGGCUUGGAUCGUCAGGAUGGCGUCAUGAACUCGGUCCUUCGUGCUAGAACAAGAGCAUUGUCUAUGACGGGAAGCGUUCUGGGCCUGAAGAUCGAAUCGGACCGGCCGGCGGGAUUGGGAAAUCGAGAUAAUUCAUGCUACCAGAAUAGCGUUCUCCAGGGGCUGGCUUCACUGCACUCGAUGCCCGAUUAUCUCGCAGCUUGUCUCAAGGGUGUGGACGAGACUGGCCAUGCUGCUGAUGAAAAUGUAGCACACACGCUGCGGAUGCUCAUUGCGGAUCUGAACGAUGUUUCGAAUAAUGGGAAAACACUUUGGACGCCUUCUUUGCUUAAAUCUAUGAAUACAUGGACGCAACAAGACGCGCAAGAGUACUAUUCCAAGGUGUUGGACGAUAUCGAAAAAGGAGCAGCGCUGGUGGCCAAGAACCUGUCUUCUGAUAAACUCAUGGGGCUGGAGACUGGCGAGUAUAGCAAUGCGGACGAGCGUUCUACCAGUGAGCAUAGCGACGAUAGCGGCUACCAAAGUCUUCUGGCUCAGAGGGUGGCCCUUGGACUCGACAAGAACCAUCACGACUUGUAUGAGCGACUAGACUCCUACAGCAAAGUCGAGGCGAUCGAGGGAGUUGAAUGCCCGAAAUGCACCCUGUUGAAAGCGCAGCGACUCCUCACCAAGCUCGUGGAGAGGUUGGAAUCGGGGGGUUCUACGAAAGAGCAAUUGGGCGAGCCUCUGCGAAGACUGGAAGCUGUUCAAACAGCCCUGGAGGAAGAUGAUUUUGAAGAAGAGACGAUCAGGGAUCGCUGCAAAAUCCCGGCGCAGAGCAGAGUCAAUGUGACUAAGACGAAGCAAAUGGUGAUUGCGCGACCGCCUCAAAGUCUGGCCAUCCACGUCAACCGAUCCGUUUUUGACCCGUCUACCUUUAACAUGAUUAAGAACUCCGCACCCGUGAGCUUCCCGAUGACGCUGGAUCUGGGUCCAUGGUGCUUGGGAAGUGCAGAACCAGCGAAGCCCGUGAAGGAAAAGGCUACAGAUGAGAAGGAGGAAAAAGACGACGAAGAGCAGUGGCAUCUGGACCCCAUGUCCUCCAUGGUGGCGGGAGACUUGGGAGAGUCGAGGUUGACAGGGCCCAUCUACGAGCUGAGAGCAGCUGUAACACACUACGGACGACAUGAGAAUGGUCACUACAUUUGUUAUCGUAAAUACCCGCCUCUCAGGCCAGAAAGUGUUGAUGAUGCAGGCGAUGACAAAGAAGCUGAUUCGCCCGAGGCGGUUGACGACAUGCCAGCAGACCCGAAUGCAGAAGAGACAACAGAGAAAAGCACUAGCAAGAUCGACAGAGAUGCAUCUUGGUGGAGACUCAGCGACCAUAACGUGUCACAAGUCAACGAAGAAAUAGUCAUGAGCCUGGCUCCCGGAGUGUUUAUGUUAUUCUACGAGUGCGUCGACCCCUCUAUGAUACUACAGUCCGAGGUGGAAACCGGGGCUGCGGCGUUUGCAAACACCGAAGCACAAGACGCCGCUGCGACGAAGCAAGACGAAAGCAAAGCGGUGAAUGGAGCCGCCGUUAACCCAGUAACAACGGUAUUACUCCCGAAAACUGUUGAAGAAGAGACAACGCCGCCUUCAGAGGGAGUAGCAGAUACCAUGAAGGCUGAAUCAAAGGCCGCCCCUGGAAUCGCUUUGGAAGAAGGAGACAAGACGUCGUCGACGUAA